AGGCUCCUGGCUCUCAGUCUUCUUCCCCAGCUUGGUGCUCAGCCCCCCGAGCUGCGUCCUCUCCUUCCUGCUCCCCUGAGACUCCCGUUCAGGCUGAGGGCUCUUCUUCCCUCAGAGGGGAGAUCUCUCUGCCUUCCCUGGACCUGAGAUCUCUCUGUCUUCUGGGAGCCAGCUCUGCACAAGCAGGUGCCAGGCCAGUUUGCAGACAACCAAAGCUUAUUCCAGGGAGAGACCCUGGAUCCAGAGAGGAUGGCCCCAGGGACCCAGAGACCCUCAUCCCAGAAAAAUGCCAAGGCUCUGGACCAAAGACCUAUGGUGCAUCUCAACUACUCAGUGAGGAAGGGGACACACUGGUACAUGAUAAGGACAUGGGCUGAACACGUCCAUAAUGAUCUCAACAGACUGUCAUCAAUCAAUCAUGAAGCCACUGGCCAUUUACCUCAGGUUGAAGUCAAUCCCUCUCUAACCAGAAGUUUGAAUGCCAUUAGCUCCUCCCCUCUGACAAAGCAGCUGGUGCUGAUUUUAUUCCAGCUGAGAUUUACAGUGUGUGGGUCCAUUGCUCCUACAAACCUUGGCUAACGUUUUCUGGAGUACAUGGAAAGAGGAAGUUAUCCCCCAGGAGCUCAGGGGUGCCUCCAUUGUCCAUGUGUAUGAAGGUAAAGGAAAUGGAUUGUCCUGUGACUAUCAGAGGAGACUCUCUCUCCAUCACUGCUGGCAAGAUUCUCUCCACAGUCGUCCUAAACUGGCUGAGCCUUCCCAUGGAAGAUGGUCAUCUACCUGAGAGCCAGUGUGGCUGCAGAAACAGCUGAGGAAUGGUCAGUAUGGUGUUUGUUCGCUGACAAUGGCAGGAGAAAUGCCAGGGGCAGAGCAGAGGUCUGUACACAAUGUUCAUCACUAAGGCCUUUGAUACUGCCAGUUGUGAGGAGUUAUGAAAAAUCAUGUCCCAAUCUGGUUGCCUGUAGAACUGCCAAAGACGUUGAUUGAAUCAUGUUGAUUGAACACAGACCUCAGAAAUAUAUUUUUCACUUUCUUUCAUUUUUCUUCAAGUUUUCUGAUACAAAAUGACUGUUUGUCUUGAUUCUCGGUGCCAAAUGUUCUAAAGUUUUAUGGGAGUUGGUGACAUUCAAGGAUGUGACUGUGGAUUUCACCCAGGAGGAGUGGCACCUCUUGGACCAUUCUCAGAGAGAGCUGUACAAGGAGGUCAUGCUGGAGAAUGUCCAGACCCUGCUCUCUGUGGGACUUCCAGUUUCUAGAGAAGAUUUGCGCUAUCCUUUCCAGGAAGGGGAAUCACCAGGCAUGGUAGAACACAAAGGUCUGAGGGACUCCUGUCCAGGUGGAGAGACCAGGUUGGUUGUGAAGAAGAUGGCUACAAAGGUGAACAUUUCUGUGGAAGAAUAUGGCCAGCAUAUAUUUGAGAGUGAUGGUACAAAGGCUUUUGGUUGGAACUCAGAUCUUGUUAGGCAUCAGAACAUUCACAUUGGAAAAAAGUUUUAUAAAUGUAAUCCAUGGGGAACGACUUUCAUAGGAGAAUCCCCUCUUCUGGUACAUCAGAGAAUCCACACUGGAGAGAAACCUUAUGAAUGUAAUCAGUGUGGAAAGACAUUCACACAGAGCUCCAGUCUUGCUAAGCAUCAGAAAAUCCACACUGGAGAAAAACCUUAUGAAUGUCAUCAGUGUGGAAAGGCUUUCACACAGAGAUACAAUCUUGCUGCACAUCAGAAAAUCCACACUGGAGAGAAACCUUAUGAAUGUAAUCAGUGUGGAAAGGCUUUCACGCGUAUCUCCAUUCUUGCUGUACAUCAGAAAAUCCACACUGGAGAGAAACCUUAUGAAUGUAUUCAGUGUGGAAAGGCUUUCACACGCAUCUCCAUUCUUGCUGCACAUCAGAAAAUCCAUACUGGAGAGAAGCCUUAUGAAUGUAAUCAAUGUGGAAAGGCUUUCACACGGAUCUCCAUUCUUGCUGCACAUCAGAAAAUCCACACUGGAGAGAAACCUUAUGAAUGUCAUCAGUGUGGAAAGGCUUUCACGUGGAGCUCUAAUCUUGCUAAUCAUCAAAAAAUCCACACUGGAGAGAAACCUUAUGAAUGUCAUCAGUGUGGAAAGGCUUUCACACGGAUCUCCAUUCUUGCUUCACAUCAGAGAAUCCACACUGGAGAGAAACCUUACGAAUGUCAUCAGUGUGGAAAGGCUUUUACACAGAGCUCCAGUCUUGCUAAUCAUGAGAGAAUCCACACUGGAGAGAAACCUUAUGAAUGUAAUCAAUGUGGAAAGGCUUUCACAGGGAGAUCCCAUCUUGCUGCACAUCAGAGAAUCCACACUGGAGAGAAAGCUUAUGAAUGUAAUCAGUGUGGAAAGGCUUUCACAGUGAGCUCCAGUCUUGCUGCACAUCAGAGAAUCCACACUGGAGAGAAACCUUAUGAAUGUAAUCAGUGUGGAAAGGCUUUCACACGGAUCUCCAUUCUUGCUGCACAUCAGAAAAUCCACACUGGAGAGAAACCUUAUGAAUGUCAUCAGUGUGGAAAGGCUUUCAACCAGAGAUCCCAUCUUGCUGUACAUCAGAAAAUCCACACUGGGGAGAAGCCUUAUGAAUGUAAUCAGUGUGGAAAGGCUUUCACAUGGAGCUCCAAUCUUGCUAAGCAUCAAAAAAUCCACACUGGAGAGAAACCUUAUGAAUGUCAUCAGUGUGGAAAGACUUUCACACAGAGAUCCCAUCUUACUCAGCAUCAGAGAAUCCACACUGGAGAGAAACCUUAAGAAUGUAAUCAGUAUGGAAAGGCUUUCACAGUGAGCUCCAAUCUUGCUGCACAUCAGAAAAUCCCCCCGGAGAGAAACCUUAUGAAUGUAAUCAAUGUGCAAAGGCUUUCACAGUGAGUUACAAUCUUGUUGUACAUGAGAGUAUCCAUACUGGAGAAAUCUUAGAAAUAUAAUGAACAUUGUAAAACCUUCAGGCACAAUAUUGAUAUUCUAUAGAAAUCUUGUCACUGUUAUGAAUUAGAAAAUGUAUUCAGUUGUCAUUCAGAGCGUGUUCAAAUUUAGGGAAUUCAUUUUACUUUUUUUGCCAUUUAUUUAGAAUUUUAUUUUCCCCCCAAUUAAAUGUAAAAGCUAUAUUAAAAUUCAUUUAGAAACUUUAUCUUUUCUAUGCCCAAAGGGCUAUCAGACUGUGCAUAGCCUUUGACCCUCCUCCCCUGCCUCCUCUCAGCCCCCCUUCCCCAAGGCAGCAAGUAAUCCCCACAUUAGCCGUGCUGGGAAAGAAGAAUCGGAGCAAAAGGGAAAACCUCAAAGAAGGAAUAGCAUAAACACUCAAGUGGGUAUUGUAAUAUAUUUUGCCCUGAGGGAAAGUGGGAGGGC